CUUCUUUGAAUUAAGCGCGCCGUAAAGAUAUUAACAAGUCCAUCCGACCAUCCGCAUGUGUAAAAAAUACUACUAUGGUCUUCUAGUUUAUUCAACGUCUCUAGUCUAGCUCCUCCCAUGACUCUUCUUCUAUAUAUUUAUCUAUCUCUCUAUGUAAUCUAUUGUGCCAACAAAAAGUUCCAAAGAGAAGAUUCAUCAUCUGUCUUCUCUACACCAUAAUCUUUUUCUCCUCUCUCAAAAAGUCUUUCUUCAUCCUCUAUGAAGAGUGACAACGUUACCAAACGUCAAGAGUAUCAACGUGUCUUUAGUCGGUUUGACUUUAGCCAACAAGGCAAGGUUUCCGUUUCUACCAUCCAAAGAUGCGUCGAAGCUAUUAAGUCUGGCAAACGUCCACUUCUGUCUGAAGACAACACCGCCAUUAUUCCAAAUCCUGCGGAGACGACCGAUGAUAAAUCCUUGCACCUCGAGGAAUUCGUCAACUUGGUCGAGGAAGGAGACGACGAAGAUAAGGAGAAGGACCUCAAGGAAGCUUUCAAGUUGUAUGAGGAGACGACUGAUGGCAUCACACCAAAAAGCUUGAAGAGGAUGCUUAGUUUGUUGGGUGACUCCAAAACUCUCAACGAAUGCGAGCUUAUGAUUUCUCAAUUCGAUAUUAAUAAGGAUGGGAUUAUUAACUUUGACGAGUUUAGGGUCAUGAUGAUGCAAUGACAUAUUAUUACACAUACAUAUAUAUAUAUAUAUAUAUAUAUCAUUAAUUAAUUAGUCUACUAUACUAUACUACUCUUCUUUACCAAAGGCUUGUAUGAACUCUCUGAAAUUAAUGUACUCUCCCUCUCUAUUACUGCUUCA